GGCAGUUCUUGCUUGCCAUUUCUGUCCAGGCUCCGGUUUGCGCCGUGCUCGGCAUGAGCCUUCCGGGGUUUUCACUUUCUCCGUUUUUUCGGACUUUGCGUGUGCCGGGCUUCUAAACGCCAGCGCCCCGUGUUUCUUUUGCCGGCGCUUGAGGGGAGAGCUUCGCCGCUUCCUGCGCUGGGGACCAUGUCGGGGAUUCGGAGCUCCGCGGAGAAGAAAGAAAUGCAGGUGGAAGGCGGCGGCGGCGGCGCGUACCUGGAAGAAGGGCAGUGCGACUCGGGUAUCGGUAUCAUCCGCUCCCUGCACGGCCAGCCGGGGGAAGGAGAGCCCCGGUCCCCGACUGCCGGAGGGAUCCCGCUGGACAAAGUGCCCGCUCCUUCCGGUCAAGGCAAAGAGGAAUCAUCGGAGGAGAGACUCGAUUCGAGUUACGGCUCUUCUUCUCUUGUGGAGUCCUUGGCGGGGCUGGAAGGGGCGCCUCACCCUGAAGAGGAGGAGGAGGAGGAAGAGGAAGAAAGGCUGAGGCAGCAGCUGCUGGACACCUUUGCUUUCCUAUCUGAGGAUGGAGACACGUUACUGCACCUGGCAAUCAUCCACUGCAUGCCAUCUAUUGCAUUCUGCUGCAUUGCCCAAAUGCCCGUUGAGGUUUUGGAACUCCAGAACGAUUUAUUCCAAACUCCGCUUCACUUGUCUGUAUAUCUGGAGCAGUGCAAAGUGGUGGAAGCACUAAUUCUGAAAGGGGUGAACACGGCAUUGCAGGACCGCAAUGGAAAUACUGCUCUGCACUUGGCCUGUGAACAGCAGAGUCUGGAAUGUGUUGAGCUGUUGCUGCCUCUGAAGAAAUCAGUCUCUGACAUGAAGACUAGAAAAACUCUACAAGAUCUGCAACUCCAGAACUGGCAAGGCUUGACUUGUCUUCACAUCAGCACCUUGAAAGGGAACCUUCAAUUGAUGGCAUUGCUGGUGCAGAAUGGAGCUGACAUUAAUGUGCAAGAUGGCACAAGUGGAAAGACACCCCUACAUUUGGCAGUGGAGAAUCAUGAUGAGGUGGCUGUGAGGCACCUCCUGCGAUUGGGAGCCCAAGUGGAUUCACAGAUGUACAACGGCUGUACCCCACUGCACCUGGCUGUAGGCAGGAAUGACGCUGCCAUUGCUGCAGUCCUCUGCCAUUCAGGAGCAGAUACCUUAUUGCGGAAUAUGGAAAAUGAGACAGCUCAAGAUCUGGCAGAUGGCAAUGAUGAUAUCCUUACACUUUUGCCUUUUGAUGACCUGAAGAUCUCCGGAAAGCCUGUGAUGUGCUCCAGUCGGACAUCCUAACAUCUAAAUGGGAAAGUUAAUCUUGUGAGAGGGAGUAUAACUUUGCUACUUGAGGCUGACAGGAACACAGCUAACCACCAAUGAAUCAUUCCCCUUGUCAUAAUGUGACCCUUGGGACAACUUCAGCCAUUUUUGAGACUAUGGAGCCAGUGCAAGAAGGGGAAACGUCUUUGUGUUGACUUUAAAUCCUGAAAAUGUGGAAGUGCUACCUUUUUGAAGGGAUGCAAGUUUGGAUAGACUGGGCCCUUGUUUACACUCCCUGGUUUGUCUAAAUUUGGAGAAACUCCUUAAUUUCCAGACCGUAUUGUGAAUGGAAUACGGAGGAGAUGGGCGGCAUACAAAUUUAAUAAAUAAAUAUUUCGGAUCUCACUCUUUUUCCUUUUCCCUGUUCCCUAGUCUAUGAUGGAAUAUGUCAGGGGCUGCCUGUCUUCAGUCUGCCAAAAUAAUUUCUUUUAAAGUUAUUUUUUCUGCACAAAGUAUUUCCUGAUUUCCUCUACUCAGCCUGAUCUGCUUCCUUCACUAGCUAAUUCAGCCUCCACUCAUGCUCACGCUUUUAGCUGCAGUGUCUAGACACCAAAUUGCCCCAUCUCUCAUUUUAGCUCUGAUUUUGCCUCCCAUGGAGGCAGGACAGAGUUGUCAGGGCCAGAAUGUUGUUUUGUUCCAGCUGGCAGCCUCUGGGACUGACCAAACAUGAAGGCUGAGCUCAUGGGGACAAGUAUCGUCUUAGUCACUUUUGCCUUGGAAUAAUUGAUGUUCUCGGGACCAGAGCAAAGGUCAGUUUCUGUUCUGUUCAAUUUGCUAGUACUGCUGCAAAGGGAAGUGCCAGCCUAUUAGAUUAUUAGGCAGCUUUAUGCUGGCCACUUGACAUUGCAUUUGUGAACUGAGUUUCUAGUUAAACUUACUGAGUAAGGGAGGGUCUGCCACCCUUCCUCAGAAGCUGAAAGUUCCCAUACUCUCCUUGUUCCUUUUGAACAUAAGCUGCGAAGGAGAUGUUAAUGAUGGGUAUUGGGGCAUUUUUUUCCAGCUUUAAUUAAUGGGAGAAGCAUCAUCAUAAACCGAAAUUGUUUCCCACAUUCUAAAGCUUAGCAUUUAGUUGUGUUCAGUCUAUGACUGUAUAUGCUGACAUCAAUCAGUGGGUGCUCAAGAUUCCCUCUGCAUUUUAAAUGGGCAGGUAAGUUAUUACUAUCAUAAAAAGACUGCAGAACUACUGUAGAUUGGAAAGCCAUGACCUGUCAAAUCUGAGCAUUUGUUUUUCCCUUGCUAGUAGUGGUUUCCAAUCUGAGAUGAUAACAAAGUUUCUAGUAUGUAAACUUUACUCUGGAACAGGGAAAUUCCCAGUUCCCUCCCUCCUACUGUUGGCUGCCUGGGAGUGGCUGUUUGUAACGUGGCAAGUCCUGGAUGGCGCAAUGAACUGGGAUGUCCUAGGGAGAGGUUUUGGUCUUUCCUUUCUUCCCUGUUUUCCAGAGAACAAACCUCUUCCAAAAAGAAGAAGUGGCAGUUUUAUAAAGCAUUUUCUACCAAAGAUCUCUUUGAUUUUUAUAUCCUUUUGUAACUUGAGAUCUUUGCUGCUUCCUUUCUUUUCCAGUUGUGUUUUUUUUUUCCUUUUCACCUUUGUUUUCCAAUGACAAAAUAAAGUUCUUAAAGUGAAUGAAUCUCCUGCUUUCAUCUGUUGAUCUAGAUGCAUUCUCUUCAAGUAAUAUAUUCUCCAGCUGGGAAAAGUCCUUCAGCUGGAAUAGCAAGGAGAAGUACAAGUCAGAUUUAAACCACAGUGCAUGAAGAAUCCCUCCCCAAGAAUUUCAGGGUCAGUUGGACUGGUGAAGGGGAAAUAUGUGACAGGAAUAAACUGUUUUUUAAAUAUGGCUCUGCGAAUUGCUUAGAUUUAAGAUAUGCUACCACCUUGUGGCUGAUUAUGAUGCUAGCUUCCUCUUGUACUUGUCUCAAGUUGCAAGAUUAUACUGUACAGUAAAUGCACUUCAUGCAAAAUAUUCUGCUGUCUUUAUGGAUCUCUGCAGCUUUGUAUGAAUAGAACAGACAAAAUUAGAAUGUUUGAGGAAUUUAAAAUCUAGGUGUCUCUGUAACUGCUAAUGGUUUAGCUCUCUGGCUUUUGACCUUCAUUUGAGCUUGCAUGAAGAGGCAGUUCAGCCUACUUUUAUGGUGGGUAAAUUUAUAUUCACAGAAAUGAACAUCACUGUAUAUUUUUUGGGUCUGAUUAUUUAGGAGUAAAUGAUAGCUCAUACACUGCAUAAGUUCUUUGCCUCCUCAAGUGAAAAGAAUCUUGUUCAGGAAUGGCCAAAAGAUAGAUUGGAAUCUAUUGAUAAUCUCUGAGUAAUUUGUGAUAGAUUAGCAAGGAUUUUUAGAUCCCAAAUUGACUAACAAUAAGAACUUUCAACUGAGUUAAUUUUUUUUGUAAAACACAUGAAUGUUUGGUUCUUUAUUAGUCAAAAAUUCUCAUCUACAAAAUGUAUUCAGGAGGGAUUGCGUUCCUUAACUUCUAAAUUAAGUGAUAAAUCAUGGCACAGGAGUGGGUUAUUUGCAGAACUACAUCUCCCUGGUUGUUUCUACCCAUCCUAUAGGGUCUGAAAGUCAAAGCAUGCUCUGGGUCCCCUCAAUUAAAGAAUGCCAUCAAAUGGGAUGUAGGAAGCAGGCUGUUUUGGUGCAGCGCAUGCCCUCUGGAACUCCAUGCCCCCCAUGCCAAGAUCAGGUUGGCUCCAAAUCUGCCAGCCUUUUGCAAAGCACUGAACACCUGGAUGUGCUCCAGAGCAUGCAGGUAGGGAAGUCAGAUGGCCUGUGAAAUCAGAUAUUAUUGUGUUGUUAAGUGCUGAUCAGGUUUGUUCUUGGCGACCACUGCAGAGGUUUUUUAUGUUUUGUUGACACUGUUUUUUGCAUUGUUUUAAUAUGUUAUUAGUCAUCCAGAGUCCCAUCUGCGAGAAGGCAGCCAUAUAAAUUGAUUUAAUAAAUAAAUU